CCAUCCUACCACUCCUUUAGCCGUCGGCCCGCCAGUGUGAAGUAGUGCAAGCUCCGACUUACAUGCCCUUGACCCUGUUUUCACGCGCUGUCGAGCACUUACAUACCCGGGACAUCCAUUUACGCGACUCGCGUACGCUGCCUAUAAGACGAAGCAGUCUUACCUCAUGCGGUGCGUCUGCAGCUCUGCUUGUUGCACUCUCCAUUCACCCCCCUCCACCUUAUCUCACGAUGGAACUACAGCCAAUCUCCAGCGUCGUCCCUGGGCCCUCCCUUCCUCCGACCCCCGGCGAUGAGUCUAUCAGAACGUUCUGCAUCACGGAACCCAACGGCGAAAGAGACGGAGCCGCUAUCAUGGCAAGCAGCUCGAACAGCGUAGAACAUGACUCCGUCGCGAAUGGUAAACAAAGGCGACGUGCCAAGAUUCAGCUGGCGGGGAUCUAUGGCGCUAUGUUUCUGGCAGGAUGGAACGAUGGUUCAAGCGGACCGAUGAUUCCACGAAUCCAGAAAGUAUACGACAUCGGCUUCGUUCUCGUGUCGAUGACUUUUGUCUGCGCUUGCGUGGGCUUUAUUGGUGGCGCGUUAGUCAACAUGCACUGGGCGGAUCGUUUCGGCUUUGGCAAGAUGGUGGUUCUUGCCAUCGCCUGUCAAGCGGUCGCGUUUGCCAUCCAGGCAUCUGCACCUCCGUAUCCUCUGUUUGCCAUCGCAUUUGCCAUCAACGGGAUAGGCAACGCUAUCCAGAAUGCGCAGGGAAACGCAUACGUUGCUAGUUUGAAGAAGGAUUCUGAGAUGUAUAUGGGAAUGCUACAUGCCAGUUAUGGCGCAGGAGCUUUCACAGCUCCUCUAGUGGCCACCCAAUUUUCUCAGAUGCCCCGGUGGUCCUUCCAUUAUCUUGUGUCCAUGGGGAUCGCAGUCGCGAACCUCGCCUCGCUUGUUCUGGUCUUCCGAUUCCGUUCGCUUGAAGAUUGCUUGGCACGGGUUGGAGAAUCUGCUGGCGAGAAGAGCACCAGCGAUCACAGUAAUUUCCGACAGAUUCUUUCGCUGAAGAGCGUUCACCUGCUCUCCAUCUUCGCGCUGAUCUAUGUCGGCGUUGAAGUCACAAUUGGAGGCUGGAUUAUCACAUACAUCAUCGAUGUUCGCCAUGGUGGGCCUUCUGCAGGCUACAUUUCGUCUGGAUUCUUUGGGGGCCUCAUGAUGGGUCGGCUGACUCUCCUUUGGGUCAACAAAGUGGUCGGGGAGAAUCGGGUUCUUUAUCUCUAUGCAUUCUUGGCGAUUGGACUCGAGCUGAUCGUUUGGUUCGUGCCCUCUCUGAUCGGAGGUGCGGUUGCCGUCAGUCUGGUCGGGAUGUUCUUGGGCCCCAUCUAUCCUAUUAUCAUGAACCGCGCUGCUCGCGCCGUUCCUCGGUGGUUGCUCUCGCCAUCCAUCGGCUGGAUUGCCGGAUUCGGGCAAACAGGGAGUGCCGCCCUUCCGUUCUUGACUGGCGCCGUCGCUUCUAAGGCUGGCAUCCGCUCUCUUCAGCCCUUGCUCAUAUCCAUGAUGGCUAUGUUUCCAGUUAUUUGGGCCAUGGUCCCCAUCUCUCGGCGCAUUGACUGAUAUCUUACGGAGUGAUGCUUGUGCUUUAGACUGUGUGUAUUGUACCUUUAGAACGUUGAAUACAGAUCAUAUCGAUUUUGUUA